UAGGUAAAAGUGUCGGGGUUUUAUUGAAGUAUAUAUCCGUCAAUGUGCGUUUGGUAAUACGCGUGCGUUUAAUAAUAAAAAAACUAAAAGUGGCUGUAAAGGAAGCGAUCAGAAACUCUUCACUGGACAUGCUCUAUCAUCUCAACGGAUUACCGACAUCUCAGUCCCCUUAAACCGGAUGCACAAAGGGAAUUAAAUCACUCAGAUUGUUUCCUCGUUGGAUAAGAUCACAGUUUGCACUUAACAUCAACAGAAGCGUCACAUGCUGAUGGCUCAACGGUACGAAGACCUUGCCCUAUAUGGUGGCGGUAUGGAUGGAGUUGGGGUCCCGACGUCCAUGUACGGGGACCCGCACGCGCCUCGGCCCCUGCCGCAGGUUCACCAUUUGAACCACGGGCCACCGCCACAUGUCAACCAGCACUACGGGGCCCACGCACCGCACAGCAUCAUGCCCAGCAGCAUGGGCUCGGCUGUCAACGACGCACUUAAGAGAGACAAGGACCAAAUUUAUGGGCACCCGUUAUUUCCGCUUCUGGCGCUGGUGUUUGAGAAGUGCGAGCUGGCCACAUGCACACCGAGAGAGCCCGGAGUCGCUGGAGGAGAUGUGUGCUCAUCCGAUUCAUUUAACGAGGACAUCGCUGUGUUUGCCAAACAAAUUCGGGCGGAGAAGCCGUUAUUUUCUUCUAAUCCAGAGUUGGACAAUUUGAUGAUUCAGUCAAUACAAGUAUUACGAUUCCAUCUUUUAGAACUCGAAAAGGUGCACGAGCUUUGCGACAACUUCUGCAAUCGGUAUAUUAGCUGUUUGAAGGGCAAAAUGCCCAUUGACCUGGUGAUUGAUGAACGGGAUGGAUGCAAGACCGACUUCGACGACCUCUCAGGAUCCUCGACAAAUCUCGCAGAUCACGUGAGGUUUUAUCUCAUUAAAGUGACUUUCUUCUUUUGCUUUUUCUCUCUCGUCCUGCUUUCACGCUGUUGUUUAUCAGGAGAUGGCUUGGAUAACAGCUUGGCAUCUCCGGGAACAGGGGACGAGGACGACCAAGACAAGAAACGGCAGAAGAAGAGAGGAAUCUUCCCCAAAGUGGCGACCAACAUCAUGCGGGCAUGGCUCUUCCAGCAUCUCACGCACCCCUACCCAUCCGAAGAACAGAAGAAGCAGCUAGCGCAGGACACAGGCCUCACCAUCUUACAAGUGAAUAACUGGUUUAUCAAUGCUCGAAGAAGAAUCGUGCAGCCCAUGAUUGAUCAGUCUAACAGAGCGGUAAGUCAAGGAAGCGCUUACAGCCCCGAUGGUCAGCCUAUGGGAGGCUUUGUGCUAGACGGCCAACAACACAUGGGUCUCCGGCCUGGCGGUCCCAUGGGAGGAAUGGGUAUGAACGUGGGUAUGGAUGGACAGUGGCACUACAUGUAAACGCCUCCCCGCUUCCCAAACCAUAAAUGUUUUGAUGGUGGCCUCAGGAAUAGUCCCGGCGCUGGCCAGAGGCAUGAGGAGUCACGUCACAUUCAUCCUCACCUGAUCACGUGCCUGUCCGGUCACCUCCUGUCUACACGAGACCUUCCAAAUCUCUCACGGACCCCUCAUCAUCUGGCCAUCAUAUCUCCAGCCAAAGGACUGUCUGCAGGAGCACCAACAUUACAAAAACAGACUUGAAGCAUUUGUGCCAAAAGAGAGACUUCUGAAAAGACAAUUGGAGAUCUUUUCUUUUUAAAUUAUUUAUUUAUUCUUGUUAUACUGUCAAGAAGCGCGGGGACCACACCAUUUGUGCACUUUUGCUCAACCAUAGAGUGGCCGCCCCAGACGCAAAUAUUCCAUACCUCCUCACGCACAAGUGCACACGCUCAUAUUAAACGCUUUUAACUGUGGAAUCAAGUAAAAGAUGCUAAAAGCCCUCAAGAAUUGAAAUGUGAGUGUAUGACGAGUUUUUUUCUUUCUUUCUUUUGGGAAAUGUUCUAUGUUUGGGUUUGUGUCAUUGACUAGGUUUUAGACCUUUGCAUUUAUGAUUCUACAAAGUUUGAAGGAAGUGGAACCACUUGAUGGGAUCAUUAUGGCACACAUCUGACACAAAUUCCAGUAUGUGAAACCGCAAAGUCUUCCCCACAUGAGAUGUUUUGAAAAGCAUGGCUGAGAAAAUGAGUUGUGCAUUUAUUUGUCGAAUUGGAGAGCAACAGUGCUCUUGUAAGGCUAAAUAUGCCUGGAGGAGUUUUUAAACCACUAGAGAUAUUCCAUUGUACAUAAUUAUGUAAAUGUUAUUUGUAAAACACAUCAAUGUCAAAUAGGCAUUCAGUCGAGAUCCUUUAAAAAUGGAGUUGGGAUAUUGUUGUACAUUUUGGUCCGUUCUCACUCUUGCUUUUCUCGAAAAGUCGAUCAUGUGUUUGUCGAGGUACUGAUAAAUUCGAUCGAUGUUCCCGCUCGGUCCAUGUUUCCUUUUAGGAGUCUUUUAAAGCAC